CCCGCCCAGUGGCCGCGCAGGUCCCGGGAGACGCGCACCUGGACUCUCCGCCGGCAGGAACCAAAGCGCCGCGCGGAAGCGUUUCCAGCCGGGGCCGCUUCUCGCCCCGCCCGCUCUUUCCGCUGCGGAGGCGGCUGAGGGCCGGAGGGCUCGGCGGAGCGCGUGGGGACACCGCGGGGCCGCCGCCAUGCCGCAGAACGAGCACAUCGAGCUGCACCGCAAGCGCUAUGGGUACCGGCUGGACUACCACGAGAGGAGGAGGAAGAAGGAGGGCCGCGAGGCGCACGAGCGGUCGCGGAAGGCCAAGAAGAUGAUCGGGCUGAAGGCCAAGCUGUACCACCGGCAGCGGCACAGCGAGAAGAUACAGAUGAAGAAGACCAUUAAAAUGCAUGAAAAAAGAAACACAAAGAAAAAGGAUGAUGAAAAAACACCUAAAGGAGCUGUACCAGCAUAUCUGCUGGACAGAGAGGGCCAGUCCCGGGCUAAGGUUCUCUCUAACAUGAUCAAGCAGAAAAGAAAAGAAAAAGCUGGAAAAUGGGAGGUUCCUGUGCCAAAGGUCCGAGCACAAGGAGAAACAGAAGUUUUAAAAGUGAUUCGCACAGGAAAGAGAAAGAAGAAGGCCUGGAAGAGAAUGGUUACAAAAGUUUGUUUUGUUGGAGAUGGUUUUACUAGGAAGCCUCCUAAAUACGAACGAUUCAUCCGACCGAUGGGCUUACGUUUCAAGAAGGCACAUGUGACACAUCCUGAACUUAAAGCUACUUUUUGCCUACCUAUCCUUGGUGUGAAAAAGAAUCCUUCUUCUCCUUUGUAUACAACACUGGGUGUAAUUACCAAAGGUACCGUCAUUGAGGUGAACGUGAGUGAGCUUGGCCUCGUGACACAAGGGGGCAAAGUUAUCUGGGGGAAAUACGCGCAAGUAACAAACAAUCCAGAAAAUGAUGGCUGUAUUAAUGCAGUUCUACUUGUUUAAGUUAAAUUUGACGCUGAUCAGUGGACAUGGGCUCCUGUAAAAUCAGUGUGGUUUCAACAAGUCUGCAAAAUCUCUUGAACCUUCAGCUAUUCAAGAGUUUUGAUCCCGCAAGCUGAUGAGGAACUUAAACAUGCCAGAAAUGACUGCGUGGGAUUUUUAUUAUGCUUGCUCAGCUGAGCACUGUCCAAAUAAAGUGAUUCCAUUUUCCUA